UCUUCCCGUGAACGCUAGGUGUUCCAACAUGCAUCCGAUGCGCCCGCGCCACCAGCGUGCAGAGGCCAACGGAAAAGCCGAUCAGUAGGACACGGGUAACUCGCUGUGCACGCGUUUCCGCCACCUCGGACAGUUCCUGCCUUCGUUGAAGAUAGCGCUGCAGCCAAGAAAAAAAACCUACGGUUCUUGCAUCCCAGGAACACAGUCCAACUGCGCUAAAAGUGAAAGGCCUUGCCGAUUCGCUUAGACGCGCGCGAGCUCCCGUACUGUGUGCACAUCGCUUCGGACUCCGGCUUUGGAACAGACGCUUCUACCAUGGAUGCUAUGGAUGCCGACUGGUUCGAACGCGACCUUCUGCAGAGGCCAGUAGGCGCACCAGGCAACGAUAACAGGCUGUUCCGCUGUGGACACAAGCGCGCCCUACCAGUGGCACCUCCAUCGCCCGGUGAAGCCAAGCGCUUCCGGCCAGAUGAGCAGCAGCAACUGUGGCCGCAGCAAUGGCCACAGCAGCAACAGCCGCAACAGCAACUACAGCAGCAGCAGAUGAUGAUCCAAACUCCCAUUCAGCGUGCAAACUUUGACAGCUGGCUCGCCGAAGUUCACGGCUGCUAGAUCUACGUUUCCUUCAAUCAUAGGUCGGCCACUCAACGAAAAGUGCAUCGUCGUCGGUUGUGGAGGCUGCCUACAUAGACGACGAACUGUAUCAUCAAAUUGUUGCUUCUGAAGGCAACGGACGGACAUUUACAAAGUGUUCUUUCGGGCCCUACGCACAUCCGAGCGAAGCUCGUCACGUGCCAAAGAUGAAGCUGUUGUGCGGCGCACUUUGCCCUUGCAGUGCCACGCUCACUCUGGAGAUGCUGGCAACAGGCUGGCAGUGUGCCGAAUUGCGUGGAAGAACAUGUUGGCUGUGAUUCGAAUAUUGUAGCGACUUGUUUUUCUCAAUAAAGAUGUUCUAUCUUGUUACACUA